AUGCUGACCGGACUCUCUGAAAAUCCCCAGGACAUCAACGACUCCAGGAAAACUGCCUUCAUCAACGGCGAGCUCAAGAGGCUUCAUGUGGACAUCGCCACUCUACAGGAAACAUGUUUGGCUGACUCUGGAUCGCUAAAGAAGGACUACACAUUCUUCUGUCAGGGGAAGAGCUCCGACGAACUACGCCAACACGGAGUGGGCUUCGCAGUGAGGAACAGCCUGCUGAAUGCGGUAGAACCAAGCAGCAAUGGCUCCGAGAGACUUCUUAUAUUCCGCCUCAACACCACUACAAGCCCUGUCACACUCGUCAGCGUGUAUGCCUCGACACUCUAUACCACUCCUGACAAGUUUUACGACAACCUGUCAACCACCAUCAGCAGUAUCCCCAGAAAGCAACAUCUUGUUCUCCUGGGCGACUUCAACACAAGAGUGAGUGCUGAUUACCCUUGGCAUUUAUGCCUUGAACAAUUUGGCGUCGGCAAGACGAACGACAACGGCCAGAGACUGCUCGAGCUAUGCACUUACCAUAACUUGCACAUAGCCAACUCCUCCUUCAGGACCAAGCCCCAGCACAAAGUCUCUUGGAGACAUUCACGGUCAAAACACUAG